AUGGCCACGAUCUCGUAUUUGUGGGAUCGAGAGGCUACCUUCUGCAGCCAAGCCGACACCAUUCAUGCGCUCCAGCAAUCCUACCGAGAUGCCGUCGUCCGGGGGGAUCGCUUACAAGAUGAGCUUGAUUCGCUAUACAGAUCAGCCGCUCCUUUUGUCUCCUUCGUCCAGCUUCGAUAUGACUCGAUGCAGGGCCGCUACGUCGACGCAGUGCAUUCUUUGAGUGAUUGCCAUCGAGCUCUGCGGACAUAUCGAGAUCAAUCGGAGGAGAUUCGUCGGCUACGCACUUUGAUAUGUGCCAACCACGAGGCUCAGGGGAACUUGGAACGACAGGUGGAUGCUUUGAGGGCUCAGCUUCAUUCGCUCCAAGCCGAACUCAACUCUCUCCGACAGCAGCGUGAUCAGCUGACCACGGACAAAUCCUUCCUUCACGUAGAAUUUUUGCACUUGAAGGAGCAAUUGGCUCAGUCUCAGGAGGAGAUCGCAGAUGGACUGUCUUCGAUCAGCGAUCUCAUGCAACAAGUGGAUGGUUUGACUCCCCUAGAAAGUCAGUUGGCACUUUCGCAGGCGGAGAACGCCAACCUACGUCGUCAGCUUGCGGAACACCUCGAGAUAUACGACCAGUUGCAGGUGGUGGAGCAUGAUCGGGAUCAGGCUAUAGCUGAACACCGAGCUCUCCUCGACACACUGAACAGUGCUAUACUCGGAUCCCGGUCAUCUGCGUUGAUCGCUCGAUCGACGCCUAAGAGUGCUACUCCGGUCGGAUCGGCCCCUGCUCCCACUACCCCGGGAUCGAGAUCGCUUGCCCGUAGGUCCAGAUCGAGAUCGUCCGGCCCGCCUGCCAAGCGUCGGCUUAUUCAACCAAGGUCGCAAUCCAGUGAUUCUUCCACCGCCCGUGUGGCUUCCCGGCUAUUGUCGUUGAACCCUUCAAUAACUUUAAACAAACUUCCCGGAUUGGCCCCACCCGAGCCUCCACCCAAUUCUUCUUGUUCUCCGCUUUCGUCCGCGGCUUCUGGGACUGGAUCGGGAAGUGAGGAGCUGACCGAGUCGGAUUCUAGCUCGGAUGAUUUGACUCGUGCUGCAUUAUCCCAAUCGAGAUCGGCCUCUCGUCGUCAACCUAGAUCGGAUGCCCGAUCUUCGACCCCGAACCCCUUUCCGGCCGCUCGGGUUGUUUCCGCUUCUCCCGCAGCUACUGCAUUGGCUCAAGCACUGUUGCGUUCGCCUUCUCCAGACGUUCCGGAGCCUCGUUAUCUUUCGUACCGAUCCACUCCGGUCGCGGCUGUCCCCGUAGUCGAAAUUCAAGAUGACGGCGGCGUAGAAGACGUGGAGGUAUCGCCGACAGGGGAGACACACAGCGAGACUGGCUCUGUUAGUCCGCCUCCGGAGUCUACUGCGCUUUCGGAUCGCCAUUCGUCCGAUAGCGAAAACAGCAUCAUUUUUCUGGCACGCCAAGUGGCUAACAGUGUUUUCUCUUCCGUGGACUUCGACAAUCUUCCGCCACUCCAGCAACCGCGGGAUCGGUGGAUUCCCAACUAUCUGGCGCCCUCCCGACGGAUAGCUUCCGAAAUCGCUCCAUGGUCCGUUUCGCGGAUCGCGAUGGUUUGA